GAUGUGUGAGCGGAGGAGUUCCCCGGAGGACGACAGCGCGUCCCUGCUGUCCCGGCUGGGCUGUGACUCCCCCCGGCCCCGGGUGAAGGCCGGCGGGAUGUUCUGCAGCGUGGAGGGAGCCUUCGAGAACAAGACGCUGGACUUCCAGAGCUUCAGUCCGCAGACGCAGCGCCGCCGGGCCGACGAGGCCGGGCAGGGGCCCGCGUGUCCCCCCGGACGCGCCCGGGACAUCUACGGCAAGAGACAGUGCUUCACACCACCAGCCUCAGCUACUUGGGCAGCGGCGUGGCGGUGCGUCGGUGGCGGCGCGGCGGUGCGUCGGCGGGGCGGGCGCGGCGGCGGUGUUGUGGCGGUGCGUCGGGCGGCGGCGCGGGCGGUGCGUCGGGCGGCGGCGCGGCGGUGGGUCGGGCGGUGUUGCGGCGGGCGUGUUGCGGCGGUGCGUCGGCUGCGGCGUGGCGGUGGGUCGGGCGGUGUUGCGGCGGUGGCAGCACACUGGCCACUGAUCCUCGUUAUCAGGUGUGUAACGGCACAUGUUCCGGUCUGUGAGAGACGGUUCAGCAGCUGGGACCACGACCGGCUGGGACCAGGACCAGCUGGGACCGGGCAGCGGGUGGCGGUGCGUCGGGUGGGGCGGCGCGGCGGUGCGUCGGGCGGCGGCGCGGCGGGCGGUGUUGUGGCGGUGCGUCGGGCGGCGGCGCGGCGGUGCGUCGGGCGGCGGCGCGGCGGUGGGUCGGGCGGUGUUGCGGCGGGCAGUGUUGCGGCGGUGCGUCGGGCUGCGGCGUGGCGGUGGGUGGGCGGUGUUGCGGCCGGUGGCAGCACACUGGCCACUGAUCUCGUUAUCAGGCAGGUGGGGGAGAACCUGAUGGUGCCGGCCGGUGUGCGGACCCUGGACGCGUACGGUCAGCUGGUGAUUCCUGGGGGGGUCGACGCCAACACCAGCCUGCUGGCCCCUCAGAGAGGCCUGGCCCCCCCCGGGGGGUUCUCCUCGGGCAGCAGGGCGGCCCUGGGGGGGGGCACCACCACCAUCUUGGACCACGUGCUGGUGGAGCCGGGGACUAGCCUCCUGGCGGCGCUGCAGCAGUGGAAGGACACGGCGGAGCACACGGCGUGCUGCGACUUCUCCUUCCACCUGGACAUCACUCGCUGGCACGAAGGCCUCCACGAGGAGCUGGAGACCCUGGUCCGGGACCACGGUGUGAACUCCUUCCUCUUCUUCAUGUCCUACAAAGACAAAUACCAGAGCUCCGACUCACAGCUCUACGAGGCGUUCGGGGUCCUCCGGGAACUCGGAGCGAUCGCUCAGGUGCACGCGGAGAACGGUGACAUCAUCGAUGAGGAACAGAAGAAGCUUCUUUCUCUCGGCAUUACAGGCCCUGAAGGACACGUGUUAUCUCAUCCUGAGGAGGUGGAGACAGAGGCGGUGUAUCGGGCCAUCACCAUCGCCAAACAGGCCAACUGUCCUCUGUACGUUACCAAGGUGAUGAGCAAAUCUGCUGCUGAUGUCAUCGCCAAAGCCAGGAAGAAAGGUAUGGUAGUGUACGGGGAGCCAAUCACUGCAGGCCUGGCCACUGAUGGCUCUCACUACUGGUCCAAAGACUGGGCCACAGCAGCUGCCUUUGUCAUGAGCCCGCCCCUGAACCCGGAUCCUUCAACUCCACAGUACCUGACCUCUCUGUUAGCAUGUGGAGACCUCCAGGUGACGUCCAGCGCUCAGGCGAGCUUCUCCACGGCUCAGAAAGCUGUCGGGAAAGACGACUUCACUCUGAUCCCCGAGGGAAGCAGCGGCAUCGAGGAGAGGAUGUCCGUGGUGUGGGACCGAGCUGUGUGUUCAGGGAAGAUGGACGAGAACCAGUUUGUUGCUGUGACGAGCACCAACGCUGCCAAAGUCUUCAACAUCUACCCACGCAAGGGAAGAAUCGCUGUGGGCUCUGAUGCUGAUAUCGUCAUACUGGAACCGAAUGAGACGCGAAAUGUUGCGCCAAAGACUUCACAAACCUCGGGGGAGGUGAACAUCUGGAAGGGGGUGGAGCUCAGCGGCCGUCCGUCCGUGUGUGGAUCAGAGGAGUCCGGUCGAGCGUUGGAGAAGGAGAGAAAAUCUGUGGACGAAGGUUCAGGACGCUGCAUCCCCCGGAAGGGUUCCCCCGAGGCCGUGUACAGGAGGAUCAGGGCCCGCAGCAAGUACCCCCCAAUCACUCCCCCCCAAAUACAGCCCCAUGAGGCCGUGUCAGGGAGGACAGGGCCCGCACCACGAGGGACGUGUACAGAGGAGAAAGGCCCGCAAGCAAAGGUACCCCCAAAACACCCCCCAACACACCCUCCCCCCCGAGCCCAGUACAGGAGGAUCAGGGCCCGCAGCAAGAUGGCUGAGGCCCGCGGCGUCCCCCGAGGCAGCUACGAUGGUCCAGUCCAUGAUGUCAUCAGUAUGACCAAAACCGUCCCGCCCACUCCGACCACCAGGGGGCCGCCCUGUCCAAAGACCCAGACCAACCUCCGAAACCUCCACCAAUCAGGAUUCACCCUGGCAGGAUCUCAGAUCGACGACCACAUCCCUCGCCGCUCGGCCCAGAGGAUCGUGGCCCCGCCAGGGGGGCGAUCCAACAUCACGUCUUUAUCCUAAAACUACAACUCCCACACUCUGAGUUAGGGCUGGGGGUCGCCGAAUGGUUUCCUUAUUUAAUUACUGUACAUGUGUGAUUGAAUAUUAAUGAGAUUCAUCUCAGAUAUAGAAGAGGUUCUCAGAGAACCCUAACCCUUUAGUACCCUAACCCUUUAGUACCCUUCUAACCCUGUACUACACCUUAUUACAGUAGUACCCUAUCCCUUUAGUACCCUAACUCUAUAUUACCCUAACCCUUUAGUACCCUUCCCGCACAUGCCCAGUGUGAGAGAGGUCAUGUGAUCUGUGAUGUCAGACGUGUUCAUAUGGAAGCUGGAGACAAUAAUGUAGCAGUGUAGCUUAGCUUAGCAUAAAGCCAUCUCAUCACUUCCUGUCCUCUGUGUCUCUGUCCCUUUAAACAAGACGCUAGUGGUAGUAUUAGUAGUAGUGAUCGUAGUAGUUUGACCCAGAAUAUACUUCCUGGUUAGGGCUGGGACGGUUGUCCCCGGGUUGUCCCCAGAUGUCCCCGGGUUGUCCCCAGAUGUCCCCGGGUUGUCCCCAGAUGUCCCCAGAUGUCCCCGGGUUGUCCCCAGAUGUCCCCAGAUGUUGCCAUUGACAGCUGGUCUCUUCCAUGAACCCAUUCUGCUCGUUAGAUAAAUCCACGUCUGUAAUAUUUCAUGUUUCUGUCUAAUUAUCAACAGAUUAUAUCUGUUAGUCUGAACUAGUGUGGGACCAUUUUAAUACUCUGAAUCAGUUUACUUAUUAAUAAAGUUAACUUACUUAUUAAUAAAGUUAACUUACUUAUUAAUAAAGUAACCGAUUUUUCUCUGAAUGCAAACUUCCAGAUUUUUAGACUUGUUGUGAUUGUCAUGUGAUAGAAAUGGUGCUAAUAAACCCUUCACUGCAGUACGGAUGCAGAGUGCCCCGCCCCUUCCGGUUGUGACGUCACAGGUCCCGCCCCUUCCGGCUGUGACGUCACAGACCCCCCCCCUUCCCACUGCCUCUGAAGGGAUUUGUGUCCAUGUUUUUGAUGUAAAGACUUCAUUUGAUACCGUUUCACUUUGUAUUUUUCUAAACUGAUGUUCCUGAACUGUCUCUGUCCUCAGAGGGUCCAACAUGGAGACAGGAAGUCUUCCUGUCUCUGUCCUCAGAGGGUCCAACAUGGAGACAGGAAGUCUCCUUGUCCCUGACCUCAGAGGGUCCAACAUGGGGACAGGAAGUCUUCCUGUCUCUGUCCUCAGAGGGUCCAACAUGGAGACAGGAAGUCUCCUUGUCCCUGACCUCAGAGGGUCCAACAUGGAGACAGGAUGUCUCCCUGUCUCUGUCCUCAGAGGGUCCAACAUGGAGACAGGAAGUCUCCUUGUCCCUGACCUCAGAGGGUCCAACAUGGGGACAGGAAGUCUUCCUGUCUCUGUCCUCCGAGGGUCCAACAUGGAGACAGGAUGUCUCCCUGUCCCUGUCUCAGUGAUCAUGUUGUAUUUGUCC